AUGUCGCAAAUACUCAACCUCGUCUUCCGAGGCCUCCAGUUCUUCUUCGCCCUCCUCGUCAUGGCCCUCACCGGCGACAUGAUCAGCGACGCCUUCGCCGGCAACCCGUCCAUCAUCAACUACGCCAUGUUCUGCGCCGUCUUCGCCAUGCUCUGCCUCUUCUACCUCAUCCCGGCCUCGUUCAUGUCGUCGCUCGCGCUUGGCGGUAUGGUGCCCUUGGCGAUUGACGCGCUGAACACGCUGUUCUGGUUCUGUGGGGCGGUCGCGUAUGCGGCCGAGUUGGGGGUGCAUUCGUGCAGUAAUAACCACUACCUCCGCAACAACCGCAUCACCAACGGUGCCGACAACAUGCACCAGCGCUGCCAGGAAUCCCAGGCCGUCACUGCCUUCCUCUGGUUCGGCUUCGCCUGCUUCGCCGUCAGCACCGCGCUGUCCGGCAUGGCGUCGCGUGGCUCGGGCGGUGGAUCUUCUGGCAUCCGUCGCGGGCCGGCUAUGAGCCAGGUCUAA